AUGAACAAAGCAAUAGGAAGCAUGACUUCUGACAAACUCUCACGAUUGUUCAACGUUGUAACUCACCAGAAACAGAGAUCUCCUGUCUCCAUCAUUUCAGACCGAGAAACAGCCAAAGCAAUCACGUCGUACCUGGAGAAGAAAUCCGGUAAACUUCAGUCGAAUCCAUCGCUUCUCUUCAACUUGAAUCCAAACGUAACCCGACUCGUUCUAUCGGAACCUACUCUCCCCACUCAAUCCUGCAUCGAUUUCUUCAAGUUUCUUCGCACAUUCGAAUCCCAUCUCAAACCCGAUCUCACGGCGGUUGUCACUUUAUCUCACCGUCUGUAUUCCUCCCGGAGAUUCCACGAGAUGAGAUCUCUUCUCAACUCCGUUGCUACCGACGGGUUUUACAACCGUCCCGUCGAGGGUUUAGGUUCGGCGAUGGUGGAUUGCGACGUUUUCGAAGAAAAGCUUGGAUUUUGCGAAACGUUUUUCGAUUUGAUGAUUAGGGUUUAUGUUGAUAACGGAAUGUUUGAAGAGGGUUUAAGGGUUUUUGAUUACAUGGUCGAGAAAAGAUUGAGUAUUGAUGAGAGAUCAUGUAUUGUCUUUCUUGUUGCGGCGAAGAAACGCCGGAAAAUUGAUCUCUGUUUGGAUAUUUUCCGGCGAAUGGUUGAUUCUGGAGUGAGGAUUACUGUUUAUUCAUUGACAAUUGUGGUCGAAGGAUUAUGUAGAAGAGGUGAAGUUGAGAAGAGUAGGAAACUGACUAAGGAGUACUCUGGUAAAGGAAUUAAAUUUGAAGCUUAUACUUACAACACCAUUAUCAAUGCUUAUGUUAAACAGAGAGACUUUUCUGGUGUUGAAGAGGUUUUGAAGGUUAUGAAGAAGGAUGGAGUGAAGUAUACAAAGGUUACGUAUACGCUUCUUAUGGAAUUGAGUGUUAAGAAUGGGAAAAUGGUUGAUGCGGAGAAACUGUUUGGUGAAAUGCGCGAGAGAGGAAUUGAAUCUGAUAUUCAUGUGUAUACUUCUCUGAUAAGUUGGAAUUGUAGGAAAGGGAAUAUAAAAAGGGCGUUUUUGUUGUUUGAUGAGUUGAUAGAGAAGGGACUAUCGCCUACUGGUCACACUUACGGGGCGCUUAUUGAUGGAGUGUGUAAGGUAGGGGAAAUGGGUGCAGCUGAGAUAUUGAUGAACGAGAUGCAAAGCCGAGGAGUAGAUAUCAGUCAGGUGGUUUUUAAUACGUUGAUUAAUGGGUUCUGCAGAAAGGGGAUGAUUGAUGAAGCGUUAACGAUUUAUGAUGUGAUGGAGAAGAAAGGGUUUCAAGCUGAUGAUUUCACUUUUAAUACGGUUGCUAGCUGUUUCAAUAGAUUGAAAAGGUACGAUGAGGCAAAACAAUGGCUGUUCAGGAUGAUGGAGGGUGGUGUGAGGUUUAACACGGUUAGUUAUACUAAUUUGAUCGAUGUUUACUGCAAAGAAGGGAACAUUGAGGAAGCAAAGAGGCUAUUUGUGGAGAUGAGCAGCAAGGGAGAGCAGCCCAAUGCUGUUACCUACAAUGUGAUGAUCUAUGCGUACUGCAAGCAAGGUAAAGUAAAGGAAGCCAGUAAACUAAGGGCCAACAUGGAAGCAAAAGGGAUGAGUCCGGAUUCAUAUACCUACACAUCGCUCAUACACGGGGAAUGUAUUGCUGAUAAUGUGGACGAAGCAAUGAGACUCUUUGGUGAGAUGCGGUCGAAAGGUUUGGACCAGAAUUCUGUGACAUACACUGUGAUGAUUUCGGGUUUGUCCAAGGCUGGAAAAUCUGAUGAGGCAUUUGGCUUGUACGAUGAAAUGAAAAGCAAAGGGUAUACAAUAGAUAAUAAGGUUUAUACUGCACUCGUUGGAAGUAUGCAUUCACCUGAGACUUAG